UUAUAUAAAUAAAUUUUUAAAUCAACCACACACAAAUUAUAUCAAAAAAGAAAACACAAAUCUUAGAAAAAAAAUUUUCUUUUUUCAAAUUUAUUCAACUUCACCACGUUUUCUUUCCUCUUCCUUCUUUUUUGAUGAUCGUUCCUUUCUUUUUCUUUCUCCUCUAUAGUCUUUUUCUUCAUUUUCUUUUCUAUUUUCCUUCUUUCUUCUCUUCUUUUUUCUUCUUUCCGAAUCAUCUUUCUUCUCUUUUUUUCGUCCUUUUUCCUUCUUUCUUCCCUUUUCUUUUCCAUCUUCAUGCUUCUUUUCUUUCUUUUUUGCCCCCUUUUCUUUCCUCUUCCUCCUCUUUUCAUCACUACUCUUACUUUCUGCUUCUUCCUUUUCUUUUUUUCUCUUCUUGCUUUUCUUCCUCUUUUUUCUUUUGCUGUCUUCAUCCCCAUUUUUUGUCUUCUCUUUUAUUAGCUCUUCU